AUGGACUUUGACCUGCAUCUCAUGCAACGAGAAGAGGCGGUGGUGAUUUUUCUGGACAUGGACCCUUCCAUCACGCGCACCGACCACGCCCUGCCGUACCCGCUCGAUGCCCCGAACCACGUGCCCGGCACUAGCGGCGGUAACAGCUGCCCGAAUGGCCCAGCCGAAGGCGCGGGCACAUUGACGGCAAACGCAAGCGCCUUCGUGCCCCCACAAACCCGCCUUGACGUCAUCCGACUGGCGUUAAGGUCUUUUAUUUUGCAGAAGCAGCGUGCAGCUUCCAAUGCGGCCGCGUCGUUGUGGUUUUCCCUCUACCUUGUGGGGAAUAACGUAGUCGAGGUGCUUCCGCCCACACGCGGUGACUCUGCGGCCAUCGAUGCCGCCGUUAACCGGCACAUUAGGGAGACUGCAGAACCAGCUGCAUGGAAAACUGCGCCACGCAAACCAUUCCCGUUCCAUGCGGCUGCGGAGAUGUUGCGGCACACGGAAGAGAUACUCUUGUCCCGGGACAAUAAACUUGUAGCAAAGAGACGCGAAGGCGAAACGUCUUCAACAAGCACGCAUAAUGCCGUUGCCUCCGCCUCUGCCUCGGCCUCAGCAGCCCCACAGGCUACGAAGCGUCGCAGGCUAAUGCUCAUUCAAGGCCUACUUUUGCUAAACCGUGACAGCGACUUGCCCGCCGCGGCAAUGCCGUCGGCGGUCGCUGCUGAAGAGACCGCCACCACGGACCUCCUUGUGCGGCGGUUUUUAGACAUCAUUCCACUCGGCAAGCUCCGCCGUCUCCCGCCGGCAGCGACGAGGGUGCGCGAGCGCCGCAGAGGCGACGGCAGCGCAUCUCUGGCGCCCCACGCGGGGUUGGGGUGCCCGUGCAACAUUGUCGAUCCGGUGCGCAUCACCGGGGUGCCACACCGCGGCCUCGCCCUUGGCUGUGCCCUCACUCGGCUGCUCGCACCACAUGUUGGCGAGAGCGCGAGCCUCCUCUCCGCACAGCCGCUUUGCAGAGUUAACCUGGCCCUCUCCUCCACCAAUACACAAACACGCGAAGCACACCAACCGUGUCCGGAGGAGGUGAGCGUGCAGCAGGGCAGCCCGCCACAGGUGCAGGCCGGCGUGGAGCCCCCCAAACAAGGAAUUUCCUUGGGCGUGAAGGAGAAGUCGCCGUCGCCCGCCGUAACGCCCGGCGCACCGCUCCAGAGGCCAUCGGUGGGAGAAGCUCCAUGUGCGGCCAGCGGCACCCCGCUUCUCAUGAAGGGCACCGUCCGUCCCCACCAGGAGCGGGCGCCAGUCGGGAAGGGGAGCACAACUGCUGACUCGCAGAAUCCGCCACCGCUCGAGGGCGUUGUUCUGGGGAGGGUGCCCCGAGUCCAGUCGCCCUCGUCGUCGCGCGUUCAUGAUGCAGCGUUGAACCGGCGCAGGCGUGAACAAAGGCGGUAG